UCCCCCCCGACCAAAACCCUAGCUCGCGCUCCAGACCCCGCACGCCCGCCGCCGCCGCGGGGAGACGGACGACGAUGGCGAAGCCCCGCCGCGGCCGCUCAGGCUCGCGGUCCUCGUCGGGCUCCUCCUCCCGCUCCGCCUCCUCGGGCUCCUCCCGCUCGCGCUCGCGCUCCCGCUCCCGCUCCCUCUCCUCCUCCUCGUCCUCGCCCGCCCGCACCCGGGGCCGCUCCCCUCCCGCCGCCAAGCGCAGUUCACCUGGAGCAAAGAAAGGGCGAUCACCUUCACCCCCUCUCAAAAAAGGGUCACCAUCAAGGAAAGGCCGCUCAGCAUCUCCCCCACCGAAGAAAGCUUCACCUCCUAGGAAAGCAUCUCCCCCUCCUCAGUCGGUUGUUCUACACGUUGAUCAUCUAUCCAGAAAUGUGAAUGAGGCUCAUUUGAAGGAGAUAUUUGGAAGUUAUGGCGAAGUGGUGAAUGUGGAGCUAUCAAUGGACAAAUUUGUUAAUCUCCCUCGUGGGUAUGGAUACAUCGAGUUCAAGAAGAGGACUGAUGCUGAGAAGGCUCUUCUUUACAUGGAUGGUGGGCAAAUUGAUGGAAAUGUUGUCAAGCUGAAGUUCACACUGCCACCACGCCAAAAGGCUUCUUCACCUUUAAAGCCACCUCCUCCUCCCCCCAGAAGAGAUGCUCCUCAGAAUGAUAAAGUUGCUAUUGGUGCUGAAAAGGAUGCGCAGCAGCGCCCUGGGGGAUCAGCAUCUCCACGAAAGAAGCCACCUUCUCCUCCGCGAAAGAGGUCUCCUCCAAAUAGAAGGGCUGAGUCACCCCGGCGUCCACCCAAUCCAUCUCCAAGGCGUCGUGCUGAUUCUCCUAUUCGUCGUCGACCAGAUCUUUCCCCUGUUAGGCGUGGUGACAGAAGACCAGGAUCUCCAAUUAGAAGACGUUCCCCUUCACCUAGAAGGCAUAGGUCACCAAUGCGGAGGGGUCGUGGCAGCUUAUCACCUCGCAGACGCUCCCCGGGGCCUCCUAGGCGCUCACCUGGGCCUCCCAGACGGCGGUCACCACCACCAAGGAGAUUGAGGAGUCCUCCAAGAAGGCCACCACCACCACCUCCCCGUCGUCACAGUCGCUCCCCUCCUCCUCGCCGCCCUCUUCACUCCCGCUCUAGAUCGAUUUCUCCUCGCAGCAGGGGGCGAGGACCACCAUUGAGGCGUGGAAGGUCGGAUUCAUCAUAUUCUGCAUCACCCAGUCCUCCAAGAAAGGGACCAAGAAGGGUGUCAAGGAGCCGCAGCCCUAGAAGGCCUCCCAGAGGAAGGAGCGGAUCUAGCGACAGCGGGAGCAGCAGCUCUUCCCCAACCCCAAGGCGCAGGUAGAAAGAAAGAAACUCGUAACGUGUGUUGUUCCUGGCAGGUAAAAAACUUUCUCUUCUCUCUCGACUGUCACCAUGGAUUGCGUCUGCAUGCAUGUAUCUUGCUGUGAGCUCAAGUCAAGAGGCGAUCGAUGUGAGGGGCGGGACGAUGCGAUGAGGUGCUCGGCAUGCCUCCCUGGCAUUUGUACUCACAAGACAGACUGUAUGAUGACGACUUGUGUUGAUGAUUUGCCUGUACUGGAACUAUUUUUUUUAUAAUUCUGCGGUUGUUUGUCAACUACAAAUCUGGCUAGUAUUAUUAUCCUGUUGCCACUCUUGAGAAUUAAUGAGUUGUUUACUAGUUGAUUGA